AUGCACACCAGGGGAAAUGAUGAAUGUAGAAGACAUUUUGAAUGCAUUAAAUGUCUUGUAGUCACAAUCACCAAUGGGCUCACAAAUGAAUGGGGAAUCCAGGUCAUUCGUGAAUAUCUGGCAGAAUCAGCACCCUCUACUGAAGUAAUUGAAUCGAGUGACAGCGAAGAGCAAGUUCAACCCGAGAAUUCCAAUAACUUAUCUUCUCAAAAUGACACCCAGAAUGCGAUGCAACGUAUCUAUAUUGAUCUCGUGGAUGACAAUGAAGAGAACGAGGAAAAUGAGGGACAAACUGAAAUAAUAUACAUUUCAGAUGAGGAAGAGCCCGAUUAUGAUAAUGAGGAGGAGCUCAAUUAUGAUAAUAUAAAGCCAAAUAUUAUGGAAACUCAAGCAGAAAUUCGCCGAAGAAUUCAUUUAUACAGCCAGAUACGUCCUCAAACUGAAGAAGAACGCGAAUAUUCACUUAUUAAACAUAUUAAUAACUGCAAAUUUUUGCGCAUGACACACUAUGUCAAUAAAUAUAGCCACAUCUUAGCUUAA